UUUAAUGAAACAGUAGCUGGCUGCUUUAAAACUUCAAACAUGGAGGUAAUGGAAGAUGGCAAUUUAAUGGAUAAAGUGAACAUUCUGAUUCAAAGGGACAUGGAAUAUUACGAUACUAACCAGUCUAUAUUACAAGAGACAAUUUGUGCUGGUGUAAUUGGCGGAAAACUAGAUUUUCCACGAUCUGCUUCGUUUGCGUCAAUGAAACUUGUUAUUUGGUGGGAGGAGGAAUUUGUAGCUGCCUAUAAAAAGUCUUCAGAAUUUCUUCCUAAGAUUAAAAAGGCAGAUAAACAAGCAGAUGAUGACAGUGAAGGGAUUGUUAAAGAUUCGGAUCCUUCUAAAUUUGUUUCUCUCAUCGCCAAAUCUGCUGACCAGCUUUUGGCUCAUCUUCAUAUUUUGACUCAAGAAGCAUUAGAUCACGCUGACCUAACCGUUCUUACAGGAACAAUAGGUGCUUCAGCACUUUUAAAGAAUUGUCUUUGGUUUUAUAUUAAAAUAAUCAAAGAAGAUAAAAAAUGCAAUAUAGAAGAGAUACAAAGUAGCUACAAGAAAUAUCAUGAAAUGUGUGAAGCUUUAGCGGAACGUUUGCUAGAUUUGCACUGCAGACUCGUGUCUCUGUAUAUUUUGCAAGAUGCAGAAUGUUUGGACUGGGAAAGUGAGAAACCGUUUUUUGAAUCAGAAAGAGGAUCUUAUAUAAUACAAAUGUGGUGGUUAUAUAUGCAAGGUACAAAGGACGAUUUAUGGAAUACAGUACCCCCGAAAAUGGCUCAAAGAGUAUUUGCAGGCAUGUUAAAUGAAUCAUUGACCAUUUUGACCGUUAGAUAUACUCAGAGCGUUCCUUCGGAAAUAAGAAGUCAGCUGAUAGUGGUAGAUAUAAGCAAUUUAUUGGUUUGUGUUGCAAAUCUUCUUCCAGCUAUAUGUAACAAUGCCAAAGAUCUAGUUGGAGUCUCGUACAGUUCCAGUAGUAAAAUAUUAAGGGAUAUUCACACUAAAUGUCAGGAACUAUACACUUGUUUAUUAUUGAGAGGAGCGCCCAUUGAUCUUCUACAUAAGGUUUUUCGAAGAGGUAUAGACGUAGUAGAAAUGUUUAAAUCAAGAUCUGCUGGAGAUGCUCCAUGGAUAACAUUCGCUUUGCCAAACAUGUUUGACGACAAGUUAAAACCAGGUUCUAAAACAAAUAAUAAUCCAGAUACAGAUAUUGCGUUGGAGCUUGUAGUGAUGUUAGCACAGCCACAACCAAACUGGGCUUUAUUAUUAAAAAUUUUAUGCAUGAACAAAUACAGGAUCCUCCAGUUAGCGCUCAAAGCCACAUCAAGUCAAUUUAAAGAGAAAAUGGAAAAACCAGUGUGCAAAAACACAAAGUGUACAGCUUUUCUAUGUAAUGAGGAAGGAUCCUGCAAAGAUGACAACACAUCUUCGACAUAUCUUCAACAAAUACACUAUUAUAACAUUAUUCUCUCAUCUACGGAGAUCUUGCUGUUUGUCGGAAACAAGCAAGAAUUAACGGAUAUUUUAUUACCGAUAAUAAUACUACAGCCUGAUUGGUGCCACAGUCUGGAAAGGAGACAUGUAUGGAAUCAAAUACGACCACCGUGGUACGAGGCCAUUUUAAAUUUCUCUUCCCCAAUUAUACCACUCGCCACAGAUACCGUUAUAAACGCCAUUCAAACUGGAGCAACUAUGUAUCAAGCAAUGUCCCUUAUUUUGGCCUGCUUUAGUCAUUUCUGGGAUUGCGUGAAUCCAGCUCUAUACAGAGUAUCCUGUAUAUUACAGGAGUCGAUACUAACUGAUAUUGUUCCACUGAACAACUCGACUUUGGUACAAAUUCUGGUCUCCGCUUUAUACAGCCAUUUGCUAAAGAAAUCACAAGAGGUUAAAAAAGAAGUACGAAUAGACGAAAAUACAGAACCAACAAGUUCUAGACAACUAUCCGUUGUCAGCGUAGGCACAGAUAAUGUAAACAGUUCUCCCGAAGCUAUAGCUCUAGCUACAGCUGAAUGUUUGUGUAGCAUUGAUGAAGAUAAUAAACAUACCAACCAAAUUGAAGAAUUCUUGGAGCAUAUUAAACUCAACAGUAAAUUUGCCGAAGGAGAAGGAAAUAUAUCUAGUAGGUUGGAGGCUAACCAGCAUUUUGCGGAAGUAGUGGUUAGUGAGAUUUUGGGUACAUCUAGUGGUAGAAAUAGUUUAAAGACGAUAUACUGGUUUAUUAAAUGUAAUUCAGAUUACUUUUACAAACAGUUGGGUGUAAGUACCGAACCAGAAGAAAUAGAGCCAAAAAGAGCACUCGUCAAACCCAUUUCGCUAUUACACACAAUGUUUAAUAUUGGAUCACAAUCAUUCGAUCAGCUCUUAUCCGGAAACUGGCAUCCAAAUUGGUUAAGCCUUCUACAAAAUGCUAGAGGUCUUAGUGCAGAUAGAGUCUGGAAGCAGUUAUCGCUUAGAUGGGAGUUUCGGAAUGUUAAUGCUACUGCCAUUCCCCCUCACAUUUCCCAAAUGAUUGGUAAUAUUACCGCUAUAUUUAAGCAAUAACAAAAAAAUAGUUAAAAAGUAUACAAAGAUUAUAAUUUUAGAAAACCAAUUCUAGAAAAAUAGUGGUACCUACAUUAGGCGGUACUGUAGGGGGCGCGCAUAUGAAAUGCCUCCCGAAGAAGGGUUUCUUACCUGUCGCUAAAAUGGUCACAUAUGAAUUGCCUCCCAAGCUCUAAAUAAAUUACAUGCUUCUAAUCUUUAUGUGAAGGUGAGACGUUGCCACAUCUUCGUCCCUUUGUACAUUUUUGGUAAAAUUGGUAUUCUGUUAUUUAAUUUAUUUUAUUUUCAACCUAUAUGUAUUAAACAUUAUUAACACUAAGCAGUAUUUAUAA